UAAAUGUAAUGAGUUACAUUACUUUGAUAAAGUAGAACUACUAUUAAAAGGAACCUUUCUAACACUGGUUAUUUGUGUGAUAUGGCUUCCUAAUGUCUAUAUUGACAGAUUAGUGAAGGGGUGUGAGCUACUCUCAUACUUCCUCAUGAAGGCCAUCACAGUUUGCAAAAUAUGGCAUAAAAGGCGAAGCUUGUCUCAGUAAUUAUUUUCAGCUCAGCGGUUCCAGAGCAAGAUGGAUGUGCUUUUUGUGGUGGCAGCCCUUGUCUUCACACUGGGAAUGACAGAGGCUGCUACUCCAUUGGUGGUCUUUAUACAUGAGCCUCGGAGUAACAUCCACCUGAAGUGUUUGACUAAUAUAGAUGAUGAAUGGGAUGACCUAACGUGGUAUAGGACAAGUGAAAAGGGGGUUGAAUAUAUAGGACAUUCAGCAUUUAAAAAACCAGGAAUGUACAAUAUUUAUGGUAACAAUGAACAAUUCAAGCUACAUAGAACAAUAGACACUUUCAGCUUAAACAUUACAAAUGUCCAGCCAUCAGAUUCAGGGACAUACUGCUGUGUGAGGAUAAAAUCGACAGAAGCAAACGUAAUCCUAAAUGUGGCUGUGCUGGUGGUGAAAGAAAACAACCUGUCCACUUCACCCACCAGUUCACCUCACCUUUCCAGGAGCUCAGAGAAACCUCAGCAGAAGGAUUGUGAGGCCCUGGUCACUGUGGUCCUGAGUCUGGGCCGAGCUCUGCUCCUGUGUGUGGCUGUGAUUGCAGUCCUGGCCUACAUUACCCAUAUGAGAAGAACUGCUCGGCGGUUCCAGAGCAAGAUGAAUGUGCUGUUUGUGGUGGCAGCCCUUGUUUUGACACUGGGAAUGACAGAGGCUGCUACUCCAUUGGAAAUCUUUACACAUGAGCCUGGGAGUAACAUCCACCUGAAGUGUUUGACUAAUAAAGAUGAUCAAUGGGUUGACCUAAUGUGGAAUAGGACAAGUGAAAAGGAGGUUAAAUAUAUAGGAUGUGCAGCGACACAAGCCGUAGGAAGGUUCAAGAUUAAUGUUACCAAUGAACAUUUCAAGCUACAUAGAACAAUAGACAAUUUCAUCUUAAACAUUACAAAUGUCCGGCCAUCAGAUUCAGGGACAUACUGCUGUGUGAGGACAAAAUCAACAGGAGCAAACAUCCUAAAUGUGGCUGUGCUGGUGGUGAAAGAAAAGGCCGCUGUUUCCACAUCAGGACCUGCAACCACUGAUGAUUUCCCAAACUCUACACAAUGUGUAGGGUGCCGAAAGGAACUCACAGAUCUGGGCUCUCAAGGUGUAAUCAAGGCUCUCUGGGCCUGUGUGUCAUUCUGAUUGUGUUUCUGGGAUAUCUGAGCUACAAGAGACGAGUGUGCAAGCACUGCAGAGGUAGUCACUGAGAUCAAAACGAUAAAGCAAAAUCUCAACAUACGGAUCAAACUUUCAACACCACUUCUUUAAAGACUCAGGCGUGUAUACGCCAGGCCUAUGUUUUUCAGUACGUACUCACAGAAUGCAAAACAGAAAGCUUGUCAGGUGCAACAAGACACAACUCUGUCAACUCAAAAUGCCUGCCAGGAUGAUGAGACACUGAACUAUGCUCCUGUACACUUUGCUAAGACAGGCGAACAGCAGAAGAGAAUGCAGGAGAAGAACACAUCUCAGCCACAAGAGGAAACUCUUUACGCUGGAGUGAAAUACUCUUAGUCAAAAUACAAACACCGUUGGCAAAUUUCACGGCCAGAUGUACUCAGUGAAGUUCCCCUGUUUCCCUCCCAUCUUGGUUCUUCACGUUUCCUCACCCGGCAUGAUCUCUCUGUCUGCCUGAUGGUUAUAUUCAGAGCAGAAAUAGUAUUUGAGAUCUGUGUUAAAGGGAAUACUGUAAAAUAUUGUCUCUGCCCUGCAUUCAGUGAGGGAUCUGUGUGAGACUGCACCUGUGUAUGGUCUUAUGAAAUUACAGCCUACAAUUCACAGCUCAUUUAUCUGCUUCUAAGUUUUCAUUAUUUUUUUCCAUCUGAAUGUGCUCCACAAGCUAGUAAAAACCUGCAUAUGUAUGUAAUAGCUUGAUGUAUGUAAUAGCUUGAUGUAUGUAAUAGCUUGAAUACUGCAAUUAUAUUCUGGCGUACAGGGCCGCUGCAGGCUAUUUGGGUGCCCUUAGUGAAAUUUGUUAGUGGGGCCCCCUCAAACAUCUGAUGCAUGAUGUAAAUGUUUUUUAAAUUUCAAAAUAUAUUAUAAGUUAUUGUA